AUGUCGAAGAAAAGAGGUUUGUCUUUGGAAGAGAAGCGAGAGAAGAUGCUUCAAAUCUUUUACGAAUCUCAAGAUUUCUACCUGCUUAAGGAGCUUGAGAAGAUGGGCCCUAAGAAGGGUGUCAUUUCUCAGUCUGUGAAAGAUGUUGUCCAAAGCUUAGUGGAUGAUGACCUUGUUUCCAAAGAUAAGAUAGGAACUUCUGUAUACUUCUGGAGUCUUCCUAGCUGUGCUGGAAAUCAGCUUAGGAAUGUGCAUCAAAAACUUGAUUCUGAUCUGCAUAGCAGUGGGAAGCGGCAUGCCCAACUUGUUGAACAAUGCGAGGCACUAAAGAAAGGGCGUGAGAAAUCAGAUGAACGAGAGGCGGCCCUAGCAGAUUUAAAAGUCAUUGAGCAGAAGCAUAAGGAAUUGAAGAGUGAGUUGGAAAAGUAUAGAGAUAAUGAUCCGGCUGCCUUUGAAGCAAUGAAGGAAGCAAUUGAAGUUGCUCAUACAUCAGCUAACAGAUGGACAGACAAUAUUUUCACUCUGAAGCAAUGGUGUUCAAACAACUUCCCUCAGGCUAAGGAACAACUGGAAAAUAUGUACAAGGAGAUUGGUAUAACAGAUGAUUUCGACUAUUUGGAGAUGGCACCUCUACCAUCCAAAGCAGUAGCUGAAUGA